AUGGUCGAUGCAUCGACGGACCUCGACUACAUACGCUCCAUACCUGGGCCGACCUUCACCGAAAUCCUCACACUUCUCGACCCCGGACACUUCAUUGGUACCUUCCGGGAAAUUCAUCAGAAGAUCAGUGUAGAGCAACAACAAUGGCUGGAGCUUGUACCACUCAAGCGGAUCUUGAACGACUUCUCAUACACGGUUGAGAAGAUUGUUGUGGCACGCAUGCAAUCUGGCGAGGAACUCAGUUUGAAGGACUACAAGAUGCGGUUGAAGUGCGCUACUGCCGUGGGAAGUCUAGGUCUUGCAAAAUCGAUAUGGGGAAAGAUGAAGAACAGCAACAUAAUACCGGACACUGAAUGCUACAACUACUUAUUAGAGGCCGUGGUGUGGAAUCGACACUUCUUACCCGAAAGCCGUUUUCGCGAACGUGUAAUACCUUUCAACCUAAAGUGGAGGAAGCUUAGAGCCUCUACUGGGCUCUCCGAGACAGCCAUCAGAAAUCAGUACAUCCCUUCUCAAAGCUACGGAAUUGGACCUGGUGGGAUCACAACUCAGGUCAAUGACGUAUUCCGCGAAAUGCUGCAUUCCGAAUGCGUCCCCGACGAGAAGACAUUUGUCCAUCUUAUUGAGGCAUACGGAAAAGAGGGUAGUAUGGAUAGUGUCUACCAAAUCCUACAGAAAUUGUGGAAUGUGAAUACUGGAGUGAAACCGCUACCGAAAGACUCCCCUAUCUAUCCAAGCGGGCGGCUUCUCGGCGCCGUAGCACAUGCAUUCGGAAUCAACAAUAGGGUCCCAAAGGGCAUGCAAAUGGUAGACCUCAUCUCGCGCGGCUACGACAUUGAAAUAUCGGCGAAGGUCUGGGAACUAUUCCUGGAGUGGGCUUUCGUUCUAUCUAAGCAACGGUACCACCGGGAAGAGAAACAGGUCGGAGCAAGAGAAGGGCAGAUGCGCCAGGGCACCGUGACCGAGAUAUGGAACACAAUGAUUUCUCCUCCUUAUAACGUCACUCCUACGAUCCCCAUGUACGACUUCAUUGUCAAG